AUGGAAGAAUUUUUUAAAGCUACCAUUCAACACCAGCAAGAAAUUAAUGAUGGUCUGAAAAAGUUUUCGGAAUUGUUGGACGAAUUGUUAUGGAUUACUGAAGGAAGGGAAAUUACUUCUCAUCAUCAGGAAAAGAACAGAGAAAUAUCCAAUCAUGCAUUAUUACAAGAAUUGACAAAAGUUUUUGGUUUAAAAACCACAACAAUAGACAACAAGGAAGAAACUAGUAAUGAACAACAAACAAAAAUCCUUGUCAAACCUUCCUUUUUAUUCACAACAAUACCUGAUAUUAGUAGAACUAAUUAUUUCAAAUCAUUUUAUUCACGAUACGCUCUUUCAAGAGAGUUUGCUUUCGAAAAGGCAUUUAAGAAGGUUGUCACAGAAUCUGUUUCAAGUUCCUCAUUUCUAGACCUUCUUCGUUCCUUGUAUUUGGAUCAUUUGAAAGACAAAGACAACAAAAAAUAUUUUGAAUCUUUGCAGUUGUUAUAUGACCUUAAUAGCAUUUCUAAAAAGCACGAAAGAAAGUAUAGAUUGGAAUAUGACUACUAUGAAAGUAAUACUUUGAAAUAUGAAUCACCAGAGUUGUUUAGAGCAAACAAUCCUCUUCCUGGUGAACAUUUUAGCAUUCAUAGAAUAAUCGUUACUCGACGUUUGUUUGUUCCUUAUGAUUAUGAACAUGGAGAUAAUACAGCUCUCAAAGCGUUUCAGAUCAUAUUGCAUGGUCAUGCAAGAUUAUUCAACAAACCUACAUCCUAUCUACCCUUGGUUUAUGAGCUCGAAAAGGCUGUGGAGACAAGUGAUGUUAAAUAUUGUGAUCUUCGAAGCAAUAUUUUUCCUCCGCCACCACUUUAUGAUUUACCACAUGUCAUAGAAAACCCAUCUAAAGACUAUUCACUUGAUCAAAUUGAAUGGAUAUGCAAUGAAUAUUUACCAAACGUAUUCAGACAUAGAGUUACUUGGGAAAAUGGUGUUCUAAAUAGAGCAGAACUUGUUUACAAGUUACUUGCAAGCAUGACACUAUUGCCAAAGAAUAAUCCUUUUUCAGUCGCAAAAAAAAGACGAAAGAAGGGAAUGGAGUAA